AUGCCGUCAUCUGGUAUAUUGAAGAACAGUAUGAAUGAGGAGUGUGGACCCUCGCUGAAGAAACGACACUCUAUAGUGUCUGGCAGAAGUGACUUUUGGUCUUCGUCAGAUGAAGACGAGGGUGUCCAACCUCAUGAGAAGGCUAUAGCCGCCGGCCAGCCGAAUCCCCCGUACUGCGUUCGUAAUAUAGAACAGCAUGACUUUGGUAGGAGGGAGAUUGAGAUCGCUGAACAGGAGAUGCCGGGCAUCAUGGCCUUGAGGGCGAGGGCCAAGGAUGAUAAGCCCUUGAAAGAUGCGAAGAUAGUAGGCUGCACACACAUCAACGCACAGACGGCCGUGUUGAUCGAGACGCUGGCCGCUCUGGGCGCGACUGUGCGCUGGGCCGCCUGCAACAUAUACAGCACACAGAACGAAGUGGCCGCGGCUUUGGCGGAGGCGGGUUACGCGAUAUUCGCAUGGCGUGGUGAGAGUGAGGAAGCUUUCUGGUGGUGUAUAGACCAGUGCUGUACUCCGACUGCCAGCUGGCAACCGAAUAUGAUAUUGGAUGAUGGAGGAGACGCUACUCAUCUCAUGCUGAAGAAACACCCGGCGGCCUUCAAACAGAUCAAAGGUAUCGUAGAAGAAAGUGUUACAGGAGUCCAUAGAUUGUACCAGUUAAGUAAGGCUGGCAAGUUGAGUGUACCAGCUAUGAAUGUCAAUGACUCGGUGACUAAGACCAAGUUUGAUAACUUAUAUUCAUGCAGGGAGAGUAUAAUAGACGCUCUGAAGCGUAGCACGGACCUAAUGUUCGGUGGGAAGCAGGCGGCUGUAUGUGGCUACGGGGAGGUGGGGAAGGGGUGCUGCCAGGCGCUGAAGGCGUUAGGAUGUGUGGUGUACGUGACUGAGAUCGAUCCUAUCUGUGCGCUACAAGCUGCUAUGGAUGGCUUCAGAGUGGUCAAGUUAAACGAGGUGAUAAGACAAGUGGAUAUAGUUAUAACGGCGACCGGGAAUAAGGGCGUGGUCACACGGGACCACAUGGAGCGGAUGAAGAACGGCUGUGUGGUGUGCAACAUGGGGCACAGUAACACUGAGGUGGAUGUGCACGCGCUGAGGACACCCGACCUCAUGUGGGAGAGGGUUAGGAGUCAGGUGGAUCACAUAAUCUGGGGUAACGGUAAGCGCAUCGUGCUGCUCGCGGAGGGUCGCCUCGCCAACCUGUGCUGCUCCUCGCUGCCGUCCUUCGUGGUGUCCGUCACCGCCGCCACGCAGGCGCUCGCGCUCAUCGAGCUGUACAACGCGCCCGCGCACAGAUACAAGGCCGACGUGUAUCUAUUACCAAAGAAAAUGGACGAAUAUGUAGCCAGUUUACAUCUACCCACGUUCGACGCACAUCUCACGGAACUGACAGACGAACAGGCAAAAUACCUGGGUCUUAAUAAAGUGGGGCCCUUCAAACCUAACUAUUAUAGGUACUAG